ACUCGGCGGAGGUAAGUGAGGAUACUGGCACCAACACCAACCCGACUGUGUACACGCAGGUCCCGGCGGGUGAUUAGAUCAAGCCCUCCUUCGUAAUCUAUUGCUGCUGGACGAGUGAAACUUGGCAGCAAGGCAUCUGUAAUCAGGAUUGUAGCCGCACGCUGAAGUUUAAGAACUUCAUCUGAAUCAUGGGGAACAUUUUUGGGAAUUUGCUGAAGAGCCUCAUAGGGAAGAAGGAGAUGAGGAUCUUGAUGGUGGGGCUGGAUGCUGCAGGAAAAACAACAAUCCUCUACAAGCUCAAACUGGGGGAAAUAGUCACCACCAUCCCAACCAUUGGGUUUAACGUGGAGACGGUUGAAUACAAGAACAUCAGCUUCACUGUGUGGGAUGUGGGUGGGCAGGACAAGAUCCGCCCCCUCUGGAGACACUACUUUCAGAACACACAGGGUCUAAUCUUUGUGGUGGACAGUAACGACAGAGAGCGUGUGAACGAAGCACGAGAGGAGCUGAUGAGGAUGCUGGCUGAGGAUGAACUGAGAGAUGCUGUCCUCCUUGUGUUUGCCAACAAACAGGACUUACCGAAUGCCAUGAACGCUGCAGAGAUCACAGACAAGCUGGGCUUACACUCCCUGCGUCACCGUAACUGGUACAUCCAGGCCACCUGCGCCACCAGCGGUGACGGCCUCUAUGAGGGUCUUGAUUGGCUGGCCAAUCAACUGAAGAACAAGAAAUAAGAAGAAAACUGGAACAAGCAGCCAGCACCCGUCCAAGUUUUUAUUUGUUUUGGGAAUGGGGGGCGUGAGUUAGGUACAGGGGUUUUGAUUGAUAGGUGAAAAGCAAGAUUCUGGGUUUGGGGAGGAUUUUAGGCUUUUAUUUUCAGUCUGUUGAGAUUCUUAAUAGUUUUCAGUGCUUAUUAAAAUCAGAUUCUCAUGUACUUCAUAUUUAACCAAACACACACACACACACACACACACACACACACACAUAAAUGCACACUAACCGUAAGCAAUCACAGCAGACACUUGCUUUUCCUGUGUCCACCUCUUGUCCUUAGGUGCAAUGUACUGUAUGUUCGUCUCUAGGUGCUGUACCAAGUCACGUGUGACUCCACUGAGUCAGCAAUGAGUCAGAUAGGACUUUUUGUUUAUGUAUGUCUUUCAGCUGUCAGUCAUCCAAACAAAGAACUGUUCUGUGCCCGUUGCACUUCCUGUUUUUCAUUUUCUUUUUUCCUAACAGAGCCAUGUUUGAGAACAGUCACAGCUGGCAGUUUCAUGUCAUCAUAAUUCUACCUAUUAAUUUGUGAGCAAUGCUGAGGCACUUUGGUACUCAGAUAAAGUGUGUGUGAGCGUGCACACAUCCUGUGUGUGUUGGUGCAAGCGGCCCAGUCAGUAUUAAUCAUGAAAAAGACAACAGAGCAGGAGUUCCCCCUGUCACGUGUCCUCUUACUGCCUCAUUUUGGAACUCUUUUGAUAUCCGUGGCGUGUUUCUACUCCCCAUGUGGCGACCCAAAGCGUCGAAGCCGCCCUUUUUAAAUAUUUUAAAACGCACAACACGUCCCUGACCGCCGAGAUGCAUGCAUCCCAGUAGUUCUCGCUGACAUUGUUGCCUACCUUUCCAUCCUCGGAGCUGCAUGGAUGUUGACGCUGUUUGUAGAUUUUCUCUGAUCAUCGUGUUCUGGUGCUGUUUUUACAGUAGGAUGCAGAAACUAACCAAACCACCCAUUUCUGCAUUUAGUCGUCAACGUGCGCUAAACACAGUGUAGUCAGCUUUAUGGUCUUUUUAAUGUGAAAGCAGAAUAUAAAACACAACACACAUGACCUGCACAGCUGCUGCGUGUCUGCCUUCAUGUGUGAGUACUCAAACUGCUUCAGGUUGCUCUUCGCUCCUUGUGUUUUCGUCUCAGACUUGCAUAUCGGGGGAUGAUAACUCUGUGUUACUGAAUGUGAAUAUUGUUGAUGAAUCUAUAAAUGGCUGUAAUAUUUAUUUGACAUGCAUAUUCCUUUAUUUCGGUGAUAAUUAUGUGAAAGGAAGCAGGGUAAGCAGAUCAGUUCACUCAUCAGCACAUCAGUUCCUGCGUCACCACUGAUACCAGCAGAACCCACAGACUUCUGUCAGUAGAACAACUUCUUGUGUGCCAUACAUGGGUACGACUACUCAUACACCAGUGACAGUACAACAUGCUGUAAAUCCACUCCACCGAGGUAUGAGUGCAUCGUUCAUAUUCAGCAGCUGUGUUCAAUCAUCAGUUUGAUCAUUUGGGUUUUGUGGCCUUAUAUAUUUAGUGAUAACUUCUAAUUGAUUUCUCAGCUAGUCCGGUUCUGAUUUCAAGUCACAUAUAUUUAUCUAUGAAGAAUGAUUUACAGAUUUAUUUCUCUAUGCCCUUGAGAGGCGGGUUUUGCACCACAGUUCAAGGUGAUCAGGCAAAAGUUUUGUCCUUUUGUUUUGCCAGUUUACUCGAUUCACAUUUGGUGGUAGAUUUCUUUAGUUUUCUUUUGGGGUGUAAAGAAACUUUGAUGUAGACUGUGUCUGUGAAACAAUGAUAAUCAGUGCAAACAAAAAAAACAAAAAUUACAAAAAAAAACCCUUCCAAUGAUUCAUUCUGUACCGUUAUAGUUACACAAGUAGAUUUAAAAACGGUGAAGAUCAUGUUUCAAUGCUGAAUGCAAGGAGACAUCUGUAUGUGAUGUAAGACAAACAAACAAAAUUCUGCUGUAUUACAAAUAAACUCAUUUUCUGUAUGACCUGUCUCAUCA